AUGUCUGUACCAUUUGGAGAAAUGACUGCUGAACAGCUAGAAACGAUUGCAGCUGCUGCCUUUGCCCCAGACCGAGGGUUCAACAUUGGUCCAUUCUUAAUGGGGUGUUUAUACGACGCUAUUCUCUUCGGGGUGAUGACCCAGCAGUAUAUUGAUUGGUGGAAAUAUUGCGAAGCGACUGAACGUCGUAUGGUCAGAUGGCUGACUCACUGGAUCAUGUUUGCCUCUAUUAUGUGGACGGGUACCGUCAUUUGGUAUACGAUGCGAAGCUUUGUCUACUAUUUUGGACAAUAUCUCGUUUUCACUUUUGCUGACAUUGCCCUCAUGUGGCCUUUACUGGGUCUUCUUAUGGCGGGACCGGUCCAAGUCUUCUAUGCUUUUAGAUCUUAUAGGUUGAAUGGAGAUAACAUCUUCCUUUUGGUGUUCUUUCUUGUGAUGAUUGCCACAGAAUUGAGCAUUCAGCUCGUUUUCGUGGUCAAAGCCCAGCCACUUAAGACCAUCUUUCAAGCCGGUGAACUCGAGUCUGUCGUCAGAGGAUGGCAAGUAGUCACCAUGAGUACAGAUAUACUCAUGACACUCACUUUGUCUUGGGGUCUAUGGAAAUCCAGAACCGGUUGGUCACACACCGACGCAUUGGUGAAAAAACUUCUUUUAAUUACGGUCGAAACUCAAUUAGCACCCACCUGUGUGAUGCUGGCUUUUGUGAUUUCAUGGUCUAUCAACCCCGCUUCUACUUUGGGUAUCUUCUUCGACUUGGCUAUACCCAAAGCAUACACUGUCGGUUAUUUGGCUACCCUCAACUCCCGUUAUUCCCUUCGUCGAGAGACCGCUUCUCAAGGAAAAAAAUACUCUGCGGAAACUAAAACCAAUACCUACGCUCUGGGAGGUAGUAGAUUACAACAAGCUACCGUUCAAGUCGAUACCGAAACUUACAUGGAGUCAUUCCAAAUGCAACCUCCUCGAAGUGGUGUCAAUCGAGCUCCCCAACAAGGAUUAUACGAAGUGAAAGAACAUAAUGAUGAAGACGAAUCGAUCGAGAAUCUCGAUUACGCUACUAAUCUUUCGAAAAAGAAUCUUCACGAUUCUUCAAUCGCUUGA